UAUCUUCCAAAUCCUAGUCUCUCUAAGGUUGUCCCUUCUUUUUGCUCUUACAUGUCUGACUGGAUUUCUUGCUCCUCCUUUCAUGGCUGGUUUACAAUGCUGAGGUGAAAUGAAAGAGGCUAGGAUUGUCAUUUCUUGCAAUAUUAAUAUUCCAUAAUUUUGUCCUGUCUUGUUAAGAUUACAAGUGCUGUCUCUUUCUAUCAUUGAAACAGAGGUCUGUUUUAACUCUGGAUGGACAGGUUUUUUUAGUCUAUAGAGUCUUCUAAUUCAUCACCAAAUACCUUAAGACUCAAAAUUGCUUUCUGGGUUCCACUUCUUUCUUUCAAAGUUUUUGACUUGAUCCCUCCUUUUGAUCUCUAAACUCAAAACAAAAGUACCCCAUUUGAGUUUAAUUUGGUUCUGUGUUAUUACAAGUUGUUUUGUUUCUAUGUUCUUCAAUGGGGUACGUUUAGUUCCGACAACUUUUUUGCCAAGUUGACAGCAGUUUUGUCUGUUAAAAGACAGUUCCUUUUACAAACCACCUUGUUGGGUUUGCUUGCUUUUCAUUUUCUUUCUUUCUUCAUUGUUCUCAAAUUAUAGGAAUUCAAUGAUUGAAAGAUUCAAGUUUUAGAUCCAUGCUUUUGAAUUGGAGUCAUGAAAUGGGCAAAUUCUUUUGUAGUUUGAUUGACGACCAAGAAAAUAUUUUGUUCAUGAGGGUCUUGUUUUGCAAGAUCCAUUGUCCUUUCAUUUGCUUCUGCAAGCCCUCUCCUAGAAUAUACGGACCAGCACCACUGAAAUUGGAAAACAGCCCUCAUGUUCCUUCAACUGCAGUUAUAUCAGUUGUUGAUGCCUCCUGUGAUGAUGAUCAUGUGCUCAAUGAUUCCGUUGAGGUGAAAGAAGGGAGUGUAGGUGUUGAUGGGAAACAAUCACAGGCUCAGAAUGGCCUCAAAAGUAGUCUUAAAAAGGCAGAUUUUGAUUCGAAAGAGGUUGAUAAGAAGAAAGUGCGGUGGAUGGAUUUCUUAGGGAAGGAACUUGUUGAGAUCAGAGAAUUUGAGUCCAGCGAAACAGAAGAUAGUGACAGUGAAGAUCAGAGCAAUAGAGGCUGUGUUUGUACAAUUCUUUGACAUCUAUUUAACAACAUCCUUCUUGUUCAAGCUUCUGUAGUGACACCAACAAUCACAAGAGAAAGAUGAAAAGAAUUUGUGGCUCCCCUCGGAGAAUCUGCAGUGGAGUUAGAUCAGGUUCCCAUUUACUUCAAUUCCGCUUAAUCAACUCUCAAAUCAAAAGAUAUCCAAGAGAGACGUCAGUAUAUACUUUAUAUGAAAUGGGAAAAUAUUGUCUCUCUUUCAAUUCUUUUACAAUGUAAUGGCUCAUUCAUUUAGCAAUUAUGAAAUUACAUACAAGUUCACAAUCUAACUCCUGUUAAGUCACUUCUUUUACGAGAUUGGACCCUUAUCAUCAUGCUAGAUUCAUGAUUCCCUCAAUGGCUGUCAUAAAACUAUUAAUAGUAUUGUAGCAUGUUUCUGCAUGAUAUACGCUACCUCCUGAAAAUUACGGGGGUGUGGUUAGAGUGGGUCAA